AUGCGGGCGCCUGGCGCCCCCGGCGCCGCGGCCUGGCUCGCGUGGGCCGCGGCCUGGCUGGCGGGGGCGGCGCGGGGCGGCGGCCCCGGGGCGGAGCCGGCGUGCGCCGCCCCGGCCCGCGGCGCUGCGCGGCUCUGCGCGGAGCAGGCAGCCGCCGAGCGCUGGGGAAGGCCGGCGGGAGGCGCCGGCCCCCGGGCGUGGAGCCUCUCCUCAGAAAGCCUCCUCGAUUCUUUUCCAAUUGAUCCUAUCCAGGAAAAUUAUGUCCGUAAUGUGAGAAACUGUAUUUUUUCGGUUGCUUAUCCUACACCUUUUAAAUCUAGAGUUCUUCUUGUAGCUGUUUCAAAGGAAGUUCUUGAAAAUAUUUUAGAUCUUGAUAUAUCUGUCAAAGAAAAAGCUGAUUUUCUUCAGUUCAUCAGUGGUGAAAAAGUGACACUCGGAUCUAUUCCAUUGGCACACAGAUAUGGAGGUCAUCAGUUUGGUGUCUGGGCAGGUCAGCUGGGUGAUGGAAGAGCCCACUUGAUUGGAGUAUAUACAAACAGGCAUGGUGAGAGGUGGGAACUACAGUUAAAGGGUUCAGGAAAGACCCCAUAUUCCAGGAAUGGCGAUGGAAGAGCAGUGCUUCGCUCUUCUGUGCGAGAAUUUUUAUGUAGUGAGGCUAUGCACUAUCUUGGGAUUCCUACAAGCAGAGCUGCUAGCUUAGUUGUAAGUGAUGAUGUGGUGUGGAGAGACCAGUUUUACAAUGGAAAUAUUAAGAAAGAAAGAGGUGCAAUAGUGCUCCGUGUUGCCAAAUCAUGGUUUCGUAUAGGAUCCUUGGAGAUCUUAGCACAUUCAGGGGAACUGGAUUUACAAAGAAGAUUGCUAGACUUUGUCAUCCAGGAACAUUUUCCAUCAAUAGCAAUGAAUGAUUCAAAUAGAUACCUGGAAUUUUUCUCUGCAGUUGUGUUAGAGACUGCAAAUCUGAUUGCCCUCUGGAUGUCUGUGGGUUUUGCACAUGGUGUAUGCAAUACAGAUAACUUCAGUUUAUUAUCCAUAACAAUAGAUUAUGGUCCAUUUGGAUUUAUGGACUCCUAUGAUCCAAAUUUUGUUCCAAACACAUCUGAUGAUGAAAGGAGGUAUAAAAUAGGAAACCAGGCAAAUGUUGGGCUGUUUAAUCUGAACAAGCUGUUACAAGCUCUAAAACCUUUAUUGGAUCCCAGGCAAAAGCAGAUUUUUACAGAACUAUUUAAAAGAAAACUGGGUCUUCUGGGGGAGAAUGAGGAGGAUAACUAUUUGAUUGCUUUUCUUCUAAAUCUCAUGGAAGAUGUGAAGGCUGAUUUUACAAUGACAUUUCGACAGCUCAGUGAAAUUACUGAAGACCAAUUAAAGAAACUCCAUAUUCCUGAGGAGUUCUGGGCUCUGCAGGAUCUGGCUAAACACAAGUUAUUUUCAGAAUGGGUUACUAUGUACCUCUUGAGGUUAAAUCGUAACAAAGAUGAUUCUGACAUUAAAAGAAGAAAGAGAAUGGCAACUGUUAAUCCUAGGUAUGUGCUUAGGAACUGGAUAGCAGAAUCAGCAAUACAAAAAGCGAAUCUGAAUGAUUUUUCAGAGGUUCACCUCCUGCAGCAGGUUUUACAACAUCCUUUUCAUAAACAACAGGCUGCAGAGAAAGCGGGCUACUCGGUACGUCCACCAGAUUGGGCCAGGGAUCUUAAAGUAAGCUGUUCAUCCUGAGAAAAAGUUGACCGAAUAAGAAAAAAGAUCAAGGUCAGAGUUCAGGCCUUCAAAUGGGAUUAAGGAAUCAAGCCACAGGAACUUUUCUCCUUUAUUCUUUAGAGACUGGAAUUUGCUACUGUCUAGAUGAAGUCUUGACCAACUUUAUAAAAAUAAGGAAAUGGACUACUGUGUAUGGUUGCAUCAACAAUUUAUAUUGGCAUUUAUAAUUUUUCAGUUGUGCAUUAAUUUGAGUCUCAAUAAUACAAUGCUGCCAAACUAUAACAA